AUUCGGCGCACAGCUCCGCGCUCUCCGCAGCGUACUUCGUUUCCAGAAUGGCUUUCGGUGACCGUGGUGGACGUGGAGGCUUCGGCGGCGACCGCGGCGGCCGUGGCGGCGGCCGUGGUGGCUUUGGCGGCGACCGCGGCGGCCGCGGCGGUGGCCGUGGAGGAGGCCGCGGUGGAUUCGGCGGCGACCGUGGUGGCCGUG